AUGUCGAGACACUUCAGCUCGUGUGCGAGUCAUCAGUUUCUUCGAAAGCUUAAUAAGACUUUGUUACAGGUAUCAUCACCGCAACAACAUGUCGUGAAGCAACUUGUGAAACCAGUAGGUCUACCCGUUAAGCCUUCUCCUACAGUUUACAAACAGGGUAACAGUGCUUUGGACAUUUUCAGUAGUGAUAAAAGAUCAAAAAGAGUAGAGGAGUUGGGCAAUGAGGUCGGUAAGAGUGGCAUGUAUCACUUACAUUUCUACCGUAAGACGAAGGGUAAACUCUUUAUAUCACCAGCUGGGAUCUGGAGUGCUAAUAGUGCGCUCUACUUCCCCCAUCUAAAGGGUAAGAGAGUUGCUGAUAAUAACACGAUAAAUGUAGAGGACUGUUUCCAGGGCAAAUUGUCUGUCGUGGCGAUCUCAUCUUGUGAGGAGGGACAGAAGCUCGUGGACUCUUAUUUAGGGGAAUAUAACCGUGAUGCCGAGGCGCUUCGCAAGGACACUGCGUCACGUGAUGGACCGCCCGUUCAGAUUGUUAACAUGACCCUAGCCGACGGGUGGGUGAAGGCUUUUGUAGCGCGGAUAGCUGCAGGACGUAUGCUUGCGCAAUUCGCUCCAGAGGUCCGGGAUCGGGUUUAUGUAUGCAACCGUAAUCAGCUUCCCUUUAGUCUGCGUGAAUUGCUGCAGAUUAACAACCCCUACACAGGAUACGUGUUCGUGGUAGACAAAAACAGUAAGAUUAGAUGGAUGGCGUGCGGAGCAGCAGGAGAGAAAGGCUUUUCAGAAUUGUGGAAAGUAGUCCGCACUCUACAACGAGAGAAUUCGGUGCUUGGAAAAGGUCAGAUUAUUUAG